UCGAGCGCGUUUGCUGCGCCGCGCCCAAAACCCCAGCCGUCACCCCCAUUUCAAGCUGUAGGGUUUAUCGCACCACAAGAAGAAGAGGGCAGCUCACACCACCCUCAGAUGGCUGCUUCCUCCUCUUCCUUCUCCGCCUUUGCCUCCCUCUCCAAGCGCGUAAUCUGUCGCGGUCCUCCACUCUGCCGCCAGAUCCUUCUCCCCUCAGACUCCCGCUUCUCCUCCACUUCCCUCUCCUCCCCCGACGAGUCUGACUCCACAUCCGAAGGUGGCACCCCUCGCUCGGAAGAGACCACUCCCCCUUCCCCCUCAAUUGGCGCCGCUGAUGCCACAGCUGCCUCCGAGGCUCCACAGCGGCGUGCCCCCUUCCAACGCCCCCUCGAAAGCGGCCUCGACCAAGGUGUUUACAAGGCGGUCGUUGUCGGGAAGGUGGGGCAGCAACCGGUGCAAAAAUAUCUGAGGAGCGGGCGCGCCGUGGUGCUCUUCUCGCUGGGUACCGGAGGGAUCCGGAACAAUCGCCGGCCCCUUGAGAAUGAGGAGCCGAGAGAGUACGCCGAGCGGUGCGCCGUGCAGUGGCACAGGGUUUGUGUGUACUCUGAUCGGCUCAGCGGCCUCGCCCUUAAGCACGUCAAGCCUGGGGCGAUUUUGUAUUUGGAGGGCAACCUGGAGACUAAAGUUUUCAGUGACCCAAUUACUGGACUUGUUAGGCGCAUAAGGGAAGUUGCUAUCCGUGCAGAUGGUCGUCUUGUGUUUCUUGGCGACGUAAGCAAGGCUGCUGAAACCGAGCAAGGAGGGCUCAGAAGCGCUGGCUAUUAUUGAGAACAAUCAUCCAGUUUUCCAAGGUCGCCGCUACAGAUGAAAUAAAGCACAGCACGGCUUCAUUUCUUUAACCCAUAUCACCACCGUGAUUUCUUACAGAUUCCGUCGUCAGCUUCCAUGGACGUACACGGAUGCUUCCAACAGAUGAUUGGGAAUUGGGUGUCUCACUAUGUCGCUAGAACUAGUCAUAGGUGCUGUAUGUUGCCCUUCAGUAAAAUUUCCUUCUCGAAGAGUCUGCCCUAUUGCUUACUGCUGUAAUUUGGGCAAUGGCUUGUUCAAAAUUUGACCAAAAAUGUUCAUUUCGUUUCCACUAUCAGUUCUUUUACUAUGUAAGCUUCAAUUAUAUGUUUGCAUCAUUUGAUACAUAUUACUAUGUAAGAUUUAAUUGUUUGGAAUAUAAUCAGGUAAUAAUAUAUCAACAUUUUAAUUGGUGA